AUGAUUUUUCAACAAGACUUCAAUUCGCCUCAUAUAUUCUCGCCUAUUCCAAUGGCGACACCUCAACCAUUCAGUCCAAAAGCGACUACCAUACUAUCACGCGAAGAACGUAUGCGUUUACGCAAACAAGAACGUCGUAGACGUAAAUUGCAAGAGAUUAAAUCUGGAAUUAAGAGAUUCAUAGCGAUGCUUUUCUCACAUAUUGGAUUAUCUGGUUUAGUGAUUGCUUAUACAAUUGUAGGUGGUCUACUGUUCGGUGGUAUUGAACGUGGAAAAGAGAAAGAAAUUAAAACAUUGGCUUAUGAAUACAGAAUUGACGCUUCAAAUGAAUUUCUACAAUUAAUGUUCGGUGAAUUACAUAAUUAUUUAACAAAACAACAACAAACAUGUAAUGAUACUGUAGCCUUUUUAAAGUUUUUAAUUGACUUUUUGGAAAGUGAAAAACCAAAGACAAAAGUCUAUCCUGCGGAAAAUAUAACAGAUAAUUUGGAUUACAGAGAGAUUAACAGUGAAAAUCUUACGGAAUAUUUAAAUACUACCCACUUAGUUAAUAGCAGUACUUUUACAAAUUUUGUAAAUAACAAUUCAAAUUCUUUAAUGGUGACAAAUGAAUUUACAAACUUAGGUAGAUUGAAUGCACUAAAAAAUUCACAUCAUAACAAUGUAACGAAUACAAUAAAUGAACUGGAAUUAGACAAUAGGCGAGGUGAAUAUUCAUUAAAAGCUCAAUUUCUUUUAUUAUUACGUGGUCGUGUACAAAUAGCACUUAUGGAGUUUACUAAACGUAUUGUUGACUUUAUUGAAACCGACGGUUGGAAUGGUAAUGAUUCAAUGGAAGAUUUAAAAUGGUCAUUUGCUGGUUCUGUCCUUUAUGCUAUUACGGUAAUCACAACAAUCGGUUAUGGACACGCUACACCUAAAACAAAUCUCGGUAAAUUUACGACCAUACUUUAUGCACUCAUUGGAAUCCCUUUAAUGUUUUUAUACCUUUCUAAUAUUGGUGAUUAUUUGGCUGAUAUAUUUCGAGUAAUUUAUUCACGUACAUGUCGAACAAAAUGUGAACAAUUUUGUUCCGCUUCAAUAUUCAAUAGUCAUAAUGUUAACAAGCAACUAGAACAAAUGAAUAAAAAUCUACAAGACGCUGAACAAAUUGACAAUGAUCCAAUCGUCAAUCCAACACAUUCACAUGGUCGUAGACGUAAACGUAUUCUUCUUCUACCAUUCAAUACAAACAUUAACAAUAAUAAUACUUCUAUGACUAAUCAUACUUCUGAUGAUCGUACUAAUAUCAAAGCGAAUUGUACAAAUAAAAAAAUACAAAAUGAUUUAGUGAAUUUACACGAAAUCGACAAUAAAACAAUUAUAACAACAUCAGGAAAAGAACUAAAUAAUAAGCAAAAAGAAAUAUUUGAUAAUCUAAAAGUUAAACAAUAUUAUAUGAAACUUUUAACAUUUUCGCAAAAAUUUCGUGCACAUAUUAAACAAUCUCGUAUGAUGACAUUUUUUCGAUCAGAUAAUACAAAUGCAUUAGCUCAAAAGGUGAAAAAUAAUUUACACGAAUUAUUUAAUCCAGCUUUUAGUUGGGUACAAAAAAUGGUACAAACUUUAGUCUAUGAAAGUGAAUUUAAAUCUACACCAGAUACAGACAAUACAGAUAAUAAAUGUACAACAAAUUAUCCAAAUAUGUUCUUUCAAAAUAUUCAUCAAGGAUCAGAGUUUGAUUUGCUACAUAAUACAGUGACUUCAACUAUUACUUCAAAUACAAUGAAAAAUUUCACUAGUCAAAAUAAUAUACCCAACAAUCAAAUUGAUAUUUCAUCAUGUAGAACCACAGCAUUAGUUGAAUCAAAUAAUUUUAACGAUCUGACUUCGUCGAAUACUUGUCAUGAAUCAAAACAAUUGUAUGAACAAUUAACUAAACAAAUGAAUACAUUAAAUCAAACAAUGAAACAUAAACAUUUUAGUAUGCUUCCUUGUGUAACCAGUACUUACAAUAGUACUUUCAAUAAUCCAUUUAAUCCAAGUACUUAUAGAUUCACUUCACCGACAAGUUUACCUACAGUUGCGACAUUACCAAUAUCGAAUCAGCCGAAAUUAUACAAUUUACAAAAUGAUUCAACAAAAUAUUUCACAUAUGAUGGACAACAUCGUAAAUUCUAUUUGAUGGCACGUUAUUUACGUUCAGCACAAAGACAACGUAGACAUAAACGACGUAUACAAAAACGUCUUCAAGAACAGGCACGCACUGAAAUGAAAAGACUUGAAAAUGAAAAACUAUAUGGAACAUCCUUUAGUAAUCAGAGUACCCAAUUACCUGAUGAUAGAAGACAAAAUAUGUAUAAAAUGAAGUCAUUAGUUAGCAUAUCUGACGAUAAAGCUUCAACAAGCUCAACUGUACUCAGUGGGCCUGGUGCAGAAGAUGAUAAUUGUCGAAGAAUACGUUUAUUAUGCUGGAAAGACAUUGAUAUCGAUUUAGAAGUACGUUCAAUAGAUGAGAAUUACGAUGAUAUGCGUAGCCUAAAGAAUAUUGAAAAUACAAAGGAUCGGAGCACGAUGACAAUCAUCGAUGGUGCAACUGUGAUUGUAAAUACAAAUGUAUCAGAGCCAAUAACUCAAAUCACCAGAAAACGUUCAACAAAAAGUUCAAUGGGUAGAAUAAAAUGUAAGCAAAACCACUGUAAAACUCCUAAUUCAAAAUCACACAUCAGUCUUAAACAGGCUACCCAAAGUGACUUGUCCCCAGUGUAUACAAUGACUGAACCGAAAAAUGAAGAAACAAAGUACUUCACAAUGCUCAAUAACAAUCCAACCUUAAGUCCAUAUCUACAAUCGCCACUCACAGCGACAUGCUUAUCAUCUAAACCUUUUCAAAAAUUAUUCACACAUACAAUUACUACAUCAAGUGGAGGAAAAACUUAUGAUAAUGAAAUGUUAUCAGACUCAAAUAGACCCAAUCUUGUAAAUAUACACAAGUCGCAUCAUAGAAUACCUAUGAAUAAAAUCCCUGAUUCAAAACCGGGUCUAUCAAGUCUACCAAUACACAACUCACUCCAACAAAAACAAACCUCACGUAUUCCUACUACUUUUGUAAGUGAAACUAACAUGCCACCUAAAUUGAAUCAAAAUUUAGGCAUUUUUCCGACUUUCACUUCACCCAGUCUUCUAACCGAUUCCUUUCAUCAAUCACAACCUAAUCAGUUUUCUACAAUGUCUUUCCUUCCUGAAUCCCAUAGUUUACAACCAGACACUUUUCAAAGACUCUGUCAAUCCACAGUAAUUGCCAAUCCAUUCGCAACCUGCGAAACUGCAUCACAUGAUAUAAAACCUGAACAACUGGGUAGAUCACGUCUUUCAUUGGCUUCAUCACGUGGCGAUUUAAACAGUGAAAUAGUUGUACAAUUAAGCUACUAUUCGCAACGUGGUAGUAUGCAAUCUGAAGAAGAUUUAUCAUUUUUUUCUUAUCGUGAUGGCUUUUCUGCAGAAGAGGACGUAUCCAAAGUGACUGUACCGAUUAGUUUAUCACUAAUCAUUAUGACAACUUACAUACUUAUUGGAGCUAUUGUAUUUUCUAUAUGGCAAGAUCCUGACUAUUUAAAAUGGUCAUAUUUUUGUUUUAUUACAUUAUCAACGAUUGGAUUUGGAGAUAUAGUUCCAGGUACCAAAAUUGAUUCAACUAAUCCAAAAGAAAAAAUGAUUAUCAUUUGUUUAUAUGUUGCUAUUGGUCUAUCAGUAUUUGCAAUGUGUUUCAAAUUAAUGCAAGAAGAGGUUGUUGAUAAAAUGAAAUGGUUUGCAUUAAGAAUUGGUAUAUUGAAACGUAAAGAAACAACAGAUACUACAGAUAGAUCAAUUUAUCCUAUGAGUAGGAUUUAA